AUGGGGGAUUACUCCUCAGGAGGAAGGGGGCCCCUGGGGUCGGGCAAGGCCUGGAAGGAGUCUCCAGUCUCGCCGGAGAAAGGGGCCUCAAAGGGCCUCCCCCCGGCAGGGGCCUCCUGUGAGGCCCCUUUCUCCGUCGAGACCACUUCCCCCCAGAGAACUCCGAGAAGCCAGACAAGAGCCGCUGUCUCGCAAGCGGGAGCCUCAGAUCAAGCGACUCCAACAGAGCUUUCGGAGGGUCGAGACGUCUUCUGUACCCCUCUGGGCGUGUCUCCCCGAAACACUCCUGAAGGGGCUCUUGAGGCCUCUUCGCAUUCAAGAAAUGAGCCUUUUGAAUCCCCCCCCUCGCUCCCAAAAAGGACUGGCUCGCCCAAGAGAAUUGGGGGGCCCCCACAGGCUGCUGCCGACUCUGGCCGCGCUGAAGGGAAGCGCGCGCAUGAGGGGCCCACCGAGGCUCCAGAGGUCGCUGGCAAGCACGUCCUCGCAGUCGUCAGAAAAGCUCGACAGCAGCGCAGCCUGAAGGCUCCCUUGUCAAUUGAAGGGGAGACAGCUGCCGCGAUUGCAGCAGUCUUCGAGGACGUAGAGGGGGGAGGCCUCUCUCUGGAAGUCUUCAGGGAGAGAGUUGUGGAACCGCUUCUUGGGCUGGGGCCCUUUUUGGCUGGUCCCCUCUUCAGGAGAAUCGACUCUGAGGGGAUAGGGCUUGUGACAGCGGAGCAGCUGCGGGAAUUCUGGCGUGGGCGGUUCGUUUUGCGGUCAAAAGAUCCCUCCUUGCAGUGCGAUUUCCCCCUCUCUCCCCUCCCCACCUACUGUUCUCCCGAGAGUCAUGGACUGCCGGAGAGCUCCCACGGGGCAGGUGCUCCUGCGCUUAGAAGGGGCAGUCUGAUCAACUUCAUGGGAGCUCUUGCGAUCAAGGGGCCCUUUAUAUACCCCGAAGACUUACGACCCUGGAUCGUCGAGGUGGCUGAGUGCGCUCCAGACAUGGCAUUCCUUCUGGAUCCGCAGUCCGAAGAGUACCUUCACAAAUACGUUGACUCCGUGAUUGCUCGGAUCAUGUUCUACGUCGACGAAGACUCCAAGGGGUGCUUGUCAAUGCGCGAUCUAAGGCGCAGCGCACUGGUCCACGUUUGGUGUAGCUUGAACCCUUCGAUGGAGCUUAGCGCCGUCAGGAAGUUCUUCAGCUAUGACCAUUUUUAUGUCUUUUAUUGCUCUUUUCACGAAUUGGAUGAAGACGAAGACUUCCUUCUCCACCGCAGCGACGUCAGCAAAUACCAGGACCAUAGCAUGAGCACUCUGGUUGAAGCUCGACUUUUCUCUCAAGCAGCGCACCGCUUUUCUUGCGAAAAGUCUCAGCAUUGGAACUUUCAGGAUUGGAUUUGGUUCGUAUUGGCGUACCACGAAGUGACCCUCCCCAAAGCUCUUCGCUUCUGGUUUGAUGUCUUCGACUUGGAUGGAGAUGGAUUUUUAAGGGACCACGAGCUGGAAGCGGCUUACGAGUCUCAAGCUGAGCGACUGCGUAUGCGGGAGGGCAAGGCGCAGAGUUAUAAGGAGUUCAUUUGUCAGGCUGGGAAAGUGCUGGCAGAGGAGGUAGAGUCCGUGCAUUGUGCUCAUUAUUUUUUAAAGGCCUGUAUGGGGUUCUACCUCCCCAGUGCACCCUCUGUAGAACUUCUUGUUGCACGUUUCUUACACGGAGGCGUGAAAGUGCUGCCUCCAUGGGGAUGCAGGAGCGAUGCCUUGGGCCUGGCUCCUUCUUCUUCCGGCAUAAGCUGCCAGGAGUUUUUGCGUUCCCCUGCGGCUGCCGGAUUUUUGGUAAACUGUCUCCUCAAGGCGCAAGUACUUCGAGCUUUCGAUGAGGGCGAAGCUGUCAUCAACACUGUUCAUGGAAAUCCAAUUGAACGCGCCGUCCUCUUGAACUUCACGCCCUUUGAGAUAUUCGCGCAUGCAGAGUAUGCUGCCUUCACUGCCCAGCGCUUCGAGGAGAGUCUCGAAUUGGGAGAUGGCCGGGCAGAGCGCUGUAGAGGUGAACAUGGUGCCACGGCUAAAUGCGGAUGA